AUGGCGAGCAAAACACGCGUGGCCAUCGUCGGCUCGGGCAUCGGGGGCUUGGUGUUGGCCAAGACGCUCACGCAGUACGGGGCGGACACCGUGGAGGUGAAGCUCUACGAGGCCUGGGACGAGUGGAAGACCCGCGGGGGCUCGCUGGGGGUGCAGCAGGCGGUGCUCAUCCUCGAAAGGCUCGGGUUGAGGGAGACCUUCGACACACUGGCGAACCGGCCCUCGGCGGGAAAGUACUACAGCGACGGCAAGGAGGUGACGGACGUGAACUUGGCGGAUCCGGACUUCGGGGGCAUCAUCAUGCGCCAAGACCUGCAGAAGCUGGUGGUGGACUCCCUGCCCCCGGAGGUGAUCUUCCUGGGCCACAAGCUGGAGAAGAUUGUGGAAGACGACAAGGAAGUGACGCUGACCUUCGCCAACGGCAAGGUGGAGAAGGCCGACAUUGUGGUGGGCGCCGAUGGCAUUCACAGCGUGGUCAAGAAGGAGCUCUUCUACUCGGGCGAGCCAGUGCAUUCUGGGUUCCGGCUCAUCUACUCUUGCAGCCGUGUGCCCUGCCGAGAGAACCCGGACGAGGUCCACGUGAAUUGGAACACCUCUGAUAGCACCGGGUACCACAUCAUGGACUGGACUGCGGGCAAAGGGGACAAGCGUCACGACGUGUGUCUGCUGAUGCUGCGCAGCGACGAGCCCAUCAGCGACAAAUGGGACUCGACCAUUGUUAAGGACAAGCUCAAGGAGCUGGCGGCCAAAGUUGCCCCGGACCACAAGACACUGCACGCGGCCAUCGAGAAUGCGGAGAUGUGCUUCGAUUGGGGUGUUUACAUCCAGCCGGUUCUGAAGAGCUGGGUCUCCCCCUGCAAGCGCGUCACCCUGAUCGGUGACGCCGCCCACGCCACUGCACCCUUCAUGGGCCAGGGGGCGAACAUGGCCAUCCUCGAUGCCUGGCGUUUGGGGCGGCUCUUAGCGGACAAGGAUGUUGAGGCGCUGAAGAAGUACGAGGCAGAGCGGAAGGCCUCCGCGGAGCAGGUGGUCAAGAUGAGCUCCUUUAUGGGCAGCAUGUACACCACCACGGGCUGGAGGGCGACCCUGCGGAACUGGGUGGUGCCUUUCGCACUGCCGAUGGCAAUGCGCAAAGCGCGGGCCUCGCCCCUCAAGGAAGGUGAAUGA